UUCCCAUGGAGAGAGGUCUAUUUAGAGCAGGUUUCUGGGCCUCAAACAGCAGAAACACCUAGACAGCAGGGUCAGUUGCUUUGAACCCUGAGCCCAGGUCCCAGGCCAAACGAUAGCAGCAGAAGCCAUCUAUAGAAGCCCAGGUCUGAUGACUGGGAAGAUGUUGGUUAGACAGCUCACAGCUUUCCUCAGCCUGAUGACUGGGGUCUGGUCCAGCCCCCCAGCAUCCGAGAUGCCGGCUCUAGUGCUUGGGCCCUUACCUUCCAAGGUUUCCCAGGAGUCCAGCAUUUACUUCCCAUCUCCAGGGAUGGGCUCUGGAGAUGGACCAGAGAUGCUGGUGGAAAAUGCCCAGAUCUCCCCCUCCCCUGCCACCAUUUCCCACAGCUGGGAGACCUUUCUGGGCUUGCAAGUGGGAGGAGAAUCAUGGGAGCCGCUCCAUCCUGGCAUGCAGGAGUUUCAAGAUGCUUCAGGCCUGAGCCCCCAGCUGGGGAGGCCACAGGAAGAGGAAGAGAUGUCUGCUGUGUCCCUUCCCCUCAGUGCCCAGGAAGUGGUUCGGGAGACAUGCAAGGCUGUGCCCUUCACCCAGGUGGUCUCCCGGCCCGGCUGCACCUCCAUCCGCCUCCAGAACAAGUUUUGCUUUGGCCGAUGCAGCUCCUUCUACAUCCCCAGCGCGGGGCUCGGCAGGCCCCACCUCUGCAACAGCUGCCUGCCCUCUCGCCGUCGCCGAGUGCCGGUGGUCCUCUGGUGCCGGGGGGUUGGCAGGCCCUUCUCGUACAAGCGGCGGAAAGUGUCCACCUUGGUAGUGGAGGCCUGUCAGUGCCAGACACAUGUGUGAGCAGGAACGCCUCAAGAACAAGUUGACGCCUACUGGAUGCUCCCAUUAGCAGACGUGCUUUCCAGAUGACCCCUAAUAGCAUUCUCUGGCCUGUGCUGACCCUCCAGGGUUUCCUCUUCUCCCAGCCUACUUAUGACGGUCCCCGGCCUGAUAUAAUCCAGACCAGUAGGCCCAAUGGUUCUAGGAACCUUGGGCCCAGACAGUGGAUAUUUAUUGAAAUUUAGGUUGUCUGUAAAACAUAAAGGAUCUGCCUGCUCGAAACUAUCCUUGCCUAUGUCUGCUUAUUCUCCACCCUGGGCACAAUGAGGGAGAGGAGGGAUGCUGGGCUGAGCUGUGGAUGCCAGGCCUUUGGGGAAAAUUCCAGGCCUCCAUAGGGGUCUUGAGU